AUGUGGUGGAAUGGGCCGAGUUUCCUUCGCUCGGUGCUGUACGAAGCUGAAGUUCCAGACCUUCCGAGUGACGACGAGAUUCCAGAAAUGAAGCCAACAGUGUCAGUCCACAUCGUGAUGAAGUUCGACGAGUUUCCGGUUCUGACGAAGUUCGAGUCCUUUCGUAAAACGCAGCGGAUUGUGGCGUAUGUUCUGCGGUUUCUGUCCAACUGUCGAAAGAAAAAGGAAGAUCGAGUUAUCACACCUUAUCCAACCAUUCCCGAGCUCCGAGGAGCAAUGAUGAAGAUUGUUGGUGCCGUCCAGGAGCAGGAAUUUUCCCGUGAAAUAGACAAAAUCAAGGCAGGUGAAAACAAUCAUCGACUUGUCAGCUUGAAUCCCUUUCUGGAUAACGGCUUACUACGACUGAUUUUACCUGACAAGAGUCCAGUAAUUCGGAGCCUACUUGUGGCAACUCAUCGUGAGAACAUGCACGUGGGUGUCUCCAGCGUGAUUACCAUCCUGAGGCAGCAAUUUUGGUUGCUGAACGGAAAGUCGACCGUUCGUAAAAUUAUUAGAAAUUGCGUCCAUUGCUUCCGACUCAGCCCAACUACGAUCGAUCUACGAUCCUACAGAGUAAACGAAGAACCAGUUUUCGCACAAGUAGGAGUCGAUUAUGCAGGACCUAUCUUUGUGAAGCAGACGGCUCGGAAGGCUACACCUGUUAAGAGUUACAUUUGCAUUUUCGUGUGCAUGGUGACCAAAGCCAUUCACCUUGAGGCAGUGGAGAAUCUUUCAACCGAGGCGUUCUUGGCGGCAUUCCAGCGGUUUGUGUCGCGAAAGGGUACUCCACACACAGUGUACAGCGACAACGACCGAAGCUACCCAGAAGAAACUAUUCGAGUUGUGCCAAACGAAGGAGAUUGCCUGGAGAACCAUUCCCCCUAG